AUGUCAUCCGCUCUGAAAGAGUCGGUCCCAAGAGACAAGUGGUGGGAGUGGAAAUGGUUCUCACCAGACGACACAAAGGAGGAAAGACGCUUGAUCACGAAGAUUGAUCUUCUCUUGGUACCUUAUUCGGUACUCGGCUACUGGGUCAAAUAUGUUGACCAAUCCAAUUUAAACAACGCUUACGUUGCCGGCAUGAAGGAGGACCUCGGUUUUUACGGAAACGAGCUUGUUCAACUCCAGACGCUGUUCACUCUUGGAUCGGUCUUAGGCCAGAUUCCGUUCUUAUUCAUCAUGACCUAUGUCCCAAUCCAGUAUCUCAUCCCAAUUUGCGAUGUUCUCUGGGGCGUUUUCACGCUCCUGCAGUGUCGCGUUCACUCUUACGCAGAGUUGGCUGCCUACAGGUUCAUGGUGGGUUGGUUUGAAGCAGCAUUCUUUCCAGCAAUGCAUUACGUAUUCGGCUCUUGGUAUCGAGGCCACGAGAUUGCUCGUCGCGGUGGUAUCUUCUAUACCGGUCUCGCUGCCGGCACAUUAACAGCCGGACUCAUCCAAGCUGGCGCAUCAAGCUCACUCGAAGGAGUCCACGGUAUGGAGGGCUGGCGAUGGAUGUACAUCAUCUGCGCCCUCAUUACCAUCCCAGUCGGCAUUUUCGGGUUUUUCGUCAUCCCCGGCACCAUCGACCAACCCAACAGGUGGUUCGUCAACGACAAGGACAUUGAGACCGCCCGCGACCGUCUUGAGAAACACGGUCACGUCCUCCACGGCAAGAUGAAGUUUGGCCACAUCAAGCGCACCCUCCUCGGCUUCCGCUUCUGGCUCGUCAUCACGACCGACGUCCUCUUCUGGAAUGCGGGCAUCCACAAGAAUACGGGCUCCUACUUGCUCUGGAUCAAAAGUCUUGGGCGGUACAGCGCGGCGCGUAUCAAUGAGUUGGGCACGAUCUCCCCCGCGCUGGGCAUCGCGUACACGCUCAUCGCAUGCUUCGCUUCGGACAUGUUCCUUGGUCCAGCCUGGUCAAUCACAAUCUGUUCGGUCCUCAACGCCAUCGGUCUUAUCUUUCUGACGAUAUGGACUGUUCCUGAAGGCGGUCUCUGGUUCGGAUUCGCAACCAUGUAUUGGUCCAAUGCUCUAUCUUCGGUGUUCCACGGAUGGGUUAAUAACCUGCUGCGAGACAGCCCCGAGGAACGGAGCUUUACGCUGGUCCUCAUCAACUUGCUGUCGCAGAGCUCGACGGCGUGGACGCCUUUACUCACGUUCCCUACGGUGGAGUCGCCGAGGUACAGGAAGGGCUUCUCGUUCUGCCUGGGCUGCGCAGUCGCGUUGAUUGUGUUCACCUGGAUCAUGCACUACUACCUGAAAAGAGACAAGAAAGACGAUACUGGAUCCACUGACGAGGAGACGAGUAGCCAUUCCGGAGUUGGCGAGGAGUCCGCGGUUGGAGGGCAAGCCAAAAACGAUUUGGACGCCAAGGAAAACGACUCGGCUGCUGCAAAAGUCGAGAGAGAGACGAGCGACGACAAGAUCACAGCGAUUUGA